ACACGGGGAAAACAGGAAGUGCAUCGUGAGCUUCAGCUCGCCGUCUCGCGCGUUCAGACAUGGUGCUGCUCCUCAAAGUCGUUGCGUGUUUCGUCGUUUUGCUUCACUGCAGUCGAGCUCAGGCGUCGUCUUUCGAGGUGAACCUCACCGUCUUGCCGUCGUUUAUCUGGGAUGACGUUGCAAAUAGACUUAAUGCUCUUCCGUCUAUUCUGACUGUGUCGCCUUCGCAGGAGCCCAGUUUCCAUUCCUCCUCUGAUUUGCUGCUGUCCUCCUUUCACGGAGAUCCGGAGAUCAGCGACUACUGCCGCGAACUGCUUCACAUCUUUGGGCAGCGAUAUGUGUCCUACGUGAACUGCCUCGUUUCAUCUGCCCGUCCGGUCAAGGUCUGCCUGAACUGCUUCAUGCUGUAUAACAGGUUGACUGACAUCUACAGCAACAUAUCGCAGGUUGGCCUUGGCAACGAGAGCUGUCAAGUUACUCUCCUCCGCUCCGACAGGCUGAUGCUGGUCUAUGAGCUGUAUGACAAAAUAACGGACAUUUGGAAAACCUCUCACUGCUCCAAUUGCCUAUCCAAUGACAGUCUGUCCAGUGACGCACUGCACUACAUGGCAAAGCUGAAUGAGUCACUGCGCUGCUUUGAGAGUCAGAAAAGCAACCACUCUGAGCUUUGUAAAGAGUGCAAAGCAUCCUACAAAGUGCUGAAUGAUCUCUAUGGCCGGAUGGAGAAGAACAAGAGCCUGUGCAUCGACAUUGAAGACGCAAUGAACAUGACCCGUAUACUGUGGAGCAAGAGCUUCAAUUGCUCCUUCCCGCGGGAGGAGACCGUGCCCGUCAUCGCCGUGUCCAGCUUCAUGCUCUUCCUGCCCAUCAUCUUCUACUUGAGCAGCUUCCUUCACUCGGAACAAAAGAAGCGUAAACUCAUACACCCCAAGCGUGUGAAAUCAAGCAACAGCCUGAUGAACAUCCAAGACAAGCACAGCUGAAAGCACAUUGGGGCUGACACAAAGGAACCAGGAAGUGCACCACGACGGUGGCACGAGGUCACAUGAUCCGAUAACGGUGGAUGAAUCACAGUGGAAAUGGGCUACUGAAGGAAGGGGACACCUGGUUUGAUUAAUCGAUUUAACUUCUGUUGAACAAAGAAAAUGCUGUAAUGCUCGCUUCUUUGGCUGCUGCUUAAAUUCUUACCAAUCAGCUAUUUUGAUUACUAUUGGCCAAAUUACUGUUGACUUGUGGUUUAUUUUGUAUUACUCCUGUUUAAAAUGGCAGAAGCAAUUCAGAUUAUUCACCUGAUUCAGAAGGUGCUGCACUGUAUGAGAUGGCACUCGAACCUGCAGCAUACUGGCUACCAGCUGACCCGUAAACUACUUGAACAGAAAAACCAGAGCUCAAGCAGCGCUGACCCUUAUUCCAGAUGAUGGGAUCCAAAAUUGUACUACUUUGCCAAGAUCUACAGCAGGUUUGAGCAGCUCUGGUGAGCACGUGUUCAUCUUUACAUAGUCGUGUAAACAUUUCGCUUUCCAUGAGCAGUGUUUGGUUAAUUGUUCAGCAUUAAAUGUUAAGGUGAUUGGGGUUCCAGCACUGACAUAGCAGCAGUGGCUGUUGGUAUUUCACCCUUUUCAGUUUGUGUUUUACAGUUUUGCAGCUGCACGAGACAAACACUGCAGCCGGUAUUCCUUCAAAUACAUCAUUGUGUUAUAAUUAUAUUUGUACCUGCCACUGGAUUUUUUUUUUGUAAUUUCAUAUUUAGAUAUUCUUUAUUCUGAAAUGUGUUCCUCUGUGUGAAUUGUAAGAAUUAAGUAUGGAGAUUGUGUAUAAUAUGGAGUAUAAUAUAAUUUGCUUGGACUUCUGUUACGUUAUUUAUAUCUUUGAGCUUGCGGCGCGCACAUUUCCUGCAUCAGUGUGUAUAGUUAUUGGUGGUUAUAAUGAUGUCGACUGUGAGACUAACAUGACCUCAAUAGUGGCCGUUACAUGUACCUUUGUCACAUUUUGUAGAAGAUGGCUGACAGGAGGAAGUUCAUAAUGAAACCAGAUCAAUAAAUUAAUACAUUUGAAUGGCAUCCUGUUUACUAAUUUUAUUCUUACUGGUGUAAUAUGAAAAAGAUUUUGUGGCUCACAUGCAAUACUAAGCCUAUCCCUUAAGAUCACUUUAGUCCUGUGCUUCCUCCUCUUAGUCACAUGACCAUAUAUUGGUGCUCUGCUUAUGAUCUCAUCCCUUUUUUAAUACUAAGAUAAUCAUUUCAGCAGUACUUUUCAGGCACAUCUAGAUCAGCAUUCAGCUUUUUUAUUUUGUCUUGCAGAUGUUCACAAAAUAUUGCACUUAUUGGAAUUUGUACAGAUGAUGACCAUUGGCAUGAAAUUUAAAAUGAAAAAAUAAAAAAAUAUUAAAAAUAAA